AGAAAGAAGUGAAAUGAGAAGCUAGCUGUUUAGCUACCCGCCUGACUGCUCGGAAAAAUGUCGACUUGUCUUAUUAGCUAGCUAGCAUAAUCAAAACUAACUUUGGAAAAGCAUCUAUUCGGCAGUGAUGUGAUUUUCCAGCUUGGUUGCAACGGCCGUUAUUCCCGAGACCCCAGAUGAUCCAGCAGAUGGAGGGGGGUGCCGCUGCUGCCCCCGCCCCUCUCUCUGAUCUCUCCUCCCCCCUAACCCCUCCUGUGACCUCUGACCCCCCUCCCUCUCCGCACCCCCGGCCCUCUGCCAGCCCCUCCAUCAGCGAAGACCAGUUUGGGUGCCACUGUUGCUACGACGUCCUGGUCAACCCGACAACGUUGAACUGUGGUCACAGCUUCUGCCGCCACUGCCUGGCUCUCUGGUGGGAGUCGAGUAGGAAGACUGAGUGCCCCGAAUGCAGGGAGAAGUGGGAGGGCUUCCCUAAAGUCAACAUCCUGCUGAGAGAUGCAGUAGAGCGGUUGUUCUCAGAGGUGGUGGGUAGGAGGAGAGCAGAGAUCCAGGGGAACCCCAAGAUCUCCCAGAGCCUGUUGGCCUUUCAGAGGUAUGGUGAUCAGGCAGCCAGAGGAAUCCCCAAGACCAGUCCUGGUAGAGGAGCAGGAGGGUUCUUCUCUGGAGUUCUCACUGCCCUCACCUGUGUCGCGGUGAUGUUUCUGGUGUACCACUGGUCCAGUGGAGAUGGAGUCCAUGACCUCUUGGUCAGUAAGCCUGUGUCAAAAUGGACGCCGGAGGAGGUUCUGUUCUGGUUGGAACACCUUGGAGCUUGGACCUCUGUCUAUAAAGAACCCUUCCUACAGGAGAACGUUAAUGGACGGUUAUUGUUGAUGCUCGGUGAUGAGGAGCUGACCAGAGCUCCCUAUAACAUAGACAACCAGGCCCACAGGAGAGCGAUGAUGGCUGAACUGGAGAGGAUCAAGGAACUGGGGGUCAAGCCACCUCAGAACCUCUGGGAGUACAAGGCUGUGAAUGCAGGUAAAUCUCUGUUCCUGCUCUAUGCUUUGAAGAGUUCUCCUCGCCUCACCAUCCUCUACCUCUACCUCUUCGACUACUCCGAAACCUUCCUCCCCUUCCUGCACACCUGCUGCCCCGCCCUCUCACGCACCAGCGAGCCAAUGGAGGACAGCCUCCCCCUCAACCACCAGGGGCACCCGAGCUGGCGCCAGUGGGCGGAGUUCCUAGUUAAGUACCUCCUCCUUCCGUACCAGCUGAUCGCUGAGUUUGCCUGGGAUUGGCUGUCGGUUCACUACUGGACGUCACGGUUCAUCAUCGUCAACGCCGUGCUGCUGUCUGUGCUGGAGGGCUGUGUCCUGUGGAGGUUCUAUAACCGAGCUGAGAUCAGGAGUCUCCCUCAGAAGAUGUGGGGUCACCUGUGGAGGAUGUCCUCCCAGGGUUUUGCCUUCGCCCUGUUCUGGCCGGUGGUCCCUCAGUUUGUGUGUAACUGUCUGUUCUACUGGGCUCUGUAUUUCAACCCCAUCAUCAACAUAGACCUGGUGGUGCAGCAGCUAAUGCACCCGGACACACGAGGGCCGUGAAGGACUGGCCGGCUCCCUACGUAGCGCACUACUUCUGAGUCCCUAUGGGGUAGUGCACUACUUCCGAGUCCCUAUGGGGUAGCGCACUACUUCUGAGUCCCUAUGGGGUAGUGCACUACUUCUGAGUCCCUAUGGGGUAGUGCACUACUUCUGACCAGAGUCCCUAUGGUGGUAGCGCACUACUUCUGAGUCCCUAUGGGGUAGUGCACUACUUCUGACCAGAGUCCCUAUGGUGGUAGCGCACUACUUCAGAGUCCCUAUGGGGUAGUGCACUACUACCAUAGGGGGACUCUGGUGAAAAGGAGUGCACUAUAUAGGGAAUAGGUACAUAAGAGCCAUGAGUGAGGAGGUACCGUGUAAACACAGGAUGUGUCUUUUAAAUGGCCCCCUAUUCCCUUUAUAGUGCACUACCCAUAGGGACUCUGGUCAGAAGUAGUGCACUAUGUAGGGAAUAGGGUGCCAAGUGCCAUAAAUGAGGAGAUACUAUGGCCUGCCUCCCAAAUGGCUCCUUAUGGGGCCCACUGUGAAGGGAAUAUAAUGCCAGUGUAGCCCACAGUAUCAUAGCAACGGGAUGGAUGCCAGCGUAGCCCGCAGUAUCAUAGCAACGGGAUGGAUGCCAGCGUAGCCCGCAGUAUCAUAGCAACGGGAUGGAUGCCAGCGUAGCCCGCAGUUUCAUAGCAACGGGAAGGAUGCCAGCGUAGCCCACAGUAUCAUAGCAACGGGAUGGAUGCCAGCGUAGCCCGCAGUUUCAUAGCAACGGGAAGGAUGCCAGCGUAGCCCGCAGUUUCAUAGCAACGGGAUGGAUGCCAGCGUAGCCCGCAGUAUCAUAGCAACGGGAAGGAUGCCAGCGUAGCCCACAGUAUCAUAGCAACGGGAUGGAUGCCCGCAGUUUCAUAGCAACGGGAAGGAUGCCAGUGUAGCCCGCAGUAUCAUAGCAACGGGAAGGAUGCCAGCGUAGCCCACAGUAUCAUAGCAACGGGAAGGAUGCCAGCGUAGCCCACAGUAUCAUAGCAACGGGAAGGAUGCCAGCGUAGCCCGCAGUAUCAUAGCAAUGGGAAGGAUGCCAGUGUAGCCCGCAGUAUCAUAGCAACGGGAAGGAUGCCAGCGUAGCCCACAGUAUCAUAUCAAAGGGAAGGAUGCCAGCGUAGCCCACAGUUUCAUAGCAACGGGAAGGAUGCCAGUGUAGCCCGCAGUAUCAUAGCAACGGGAAGGAUGCCAGCGUAGCCCACAGUAUCAUAUCAAAGGGAAGGAUGCCAGCGUAGCCCACAGUAUCAUAGCAACGGGAAGGAUGCCAGCGUAGCCCGCAGUAUCAUAGCAACGUUAUAGAUGCCAGCGUAGCCCGCAGUAUCAUAGCAACGGGAUGAAUUCCAGCGUAGCCCACCGUAUCAUAGCAACAGGCAGCCAUCUGUGAGCCAGACAAACCAAUGUCUUAAUGUGUGUGUGUCUCAAAAGGCUCACUAUUCCCUAUAUUAUAGUGAACUACUUUUGACCCGGGACCGUAGGAAGCCCCAUAGAGCUCUGGUCAACAGCAGUGCACUAUAUAGGGAAUGGGUUACCAAUGGAGACGCAGACCAAGUUCUGUAUAAUAUUGGAUGGUUUCUCCUAAUGUCUUAAUUAAAGUGGUAUGUUUAAGCAAUAAGGCCAGAGGGGCUGUGGUAUAUGGCCAAUAUACCACGGCUGAGGGCUGUUCUUAAUGCACGACGCAUCGCGGAGUAGCCUAGUGGUUAGAGCGUUGGGACAGUAACCGAAAGGUUGCUAGAUCGAAUCCCCGAGCUGUCGUUCUGAACAAGGCAGUUAACCCACUGUUCCUAGGCAGUCAUUGUAAAUAAGAAUUUGUUCUUAUUAACUGACUUGCCUAGUUAAAUAACGGUUAAAUAAAUAAAAUAUAUAUAUUUUUUAAAUCCACAAACCCCCGAGUAGCAUUAUUGCUAUUAUAAACUGGUUAACAACGUAAUGUUGUCAUACCCGUGGUAUACGGUCUGAUAUACCACAGCUAUCAGCCAAUAAGCAUUCAGGGCUCGAAUCACCCAGUUUAUAAAUAUAAUAUAUAUUUAAUGAGGGUAAUUCAUAUUGAAGGGAGGAGGUUGUGUGUUUGUCUGUCUGUUAUGGGGGUCAGUGGUAAUAACUAGAGAGGGUUGAUAUGAUUCUGUUAUGGGGGUCAGUGGUAAUAACUAGAGAGGGUUGAUGAUUCUGUUAUGGGGGUCAGUGGUAAUAACUAGAGAGGGUUGAUAUGAUUCUGUUAUGGGGGUCAGUGGUAAUAACUAGAGAGGGUUGAUAUGAUUCUGUUAUGGGGGUCAGCGGUAAUAACUGUAAGAAACCUGUUCCUGGAGAGAUACCCUCCUGUAGGUUUUCAUUCCAACCCUGUUCCUGGAGAGAUACCCUCCUGUAGGUUUUCAUUCCAACCCUGUUCCUGGAGAGAUGCCCUCCUGUAGGUUUAAACUCCAACCCUGUUCCUGGAGAGAUACCCUCCUGUAGGUUUUCAUUCCAACCCUAGUUGCAACUAACCAGAUUCAUUUUAUCAGCCAGCUAAUUUGUAGAAUCAGGUCUGCUAGCUCUCCAAGAACAGGGUUGGAGAUAAAACCUACAGGAGGGUAGCUCUCCAAGAACAGGGUUGGAGAUAAAACCUACAGGAGGGUAGCUCUCCAAGAACAGGGUUGGAGUUAAAACCUACAGGAGGGUAGCUCUCCAAGAACAGGGUUGGAGAUAAAACCUACAGGAGGGUAGCUCUCCAAGAACAGGGUUGGAGUUAAAACCUACAGGAGGGUAGCUCUCCAGGAACAGGGUUGGAGAUAAAACCUACAGGAGGGUAGGGGCCUAGGUUCUUGUUAGUUUUAUUCUGACACCCUGUCCUAUUCCCUAUGUAGUGCAGUGAGCACUAUAUUUGACCAGAACCUCUGUAGGGAAUAGGGGUGCCACAACAUUCUGUUUCCAUGGUGACGUGGAGCUCAGCUUGUCUCGUUGGAAGGCAACACACAUAAUGCCUUUUUUUUUUUCUUUUUACAAGGUUACUUAAAAAAAAUGUUUUUAAGUUAAGCACUUGAGUUUCAUAUGGUAAUCGUAAAUAAAAACUAUUUCUACUUCCUGCAUUCAGAAAGAGUUUAAACAUGGCGAUAUCCAGCUGUUGUCAUUUUCAAUUGAAGGAAAUCACCUGUUUGAGUGUUCGUCCCAAAUGGCACCCGAUUCCCUAUGUAGUGCACUACUUUUGACCAGGGCCUAGAGGGUAAGCCAUAGGGCCUUGGUCAAAAAUAGGGCACUUACAUAGGGAAGAGGGUGCCGUUUGGGAUGGACGCUGGGACAGGUGGGACUCCAUUGUUUAACAUAAAAGGGCUAUCGCUAUGGCCUGAAGGAUGUUUUAUGUUUGUUUGUGACAAAAUGUUAAAAUGGUGUUUUAAAUUGUCAAUUAGUUUAAUUGUUCAUGGAUAGGUUCAUUCUUUCCCACCUGUCCUGAGGUUGGUUGGUUUCUAAUUGCGUAGAUUGAAUUAUUAAAUAUCUGUCUUUAAAAAAAAUAUAUAUUCUCAUUUAUUUUUUCAUUUUGUGGAAUUCAACCACUUUUCUGUAAGUUGUGGUCUAUAUAGGGGCGGCAGGUAGCCUGGUGGUUAGAGUGUAGGGGCGGCAGGUAGCCUAGUGGUUAGAGUGUAGGGGCGGCAGGUAGCCUAGUGGUUAGAGUGUAGGGGCGGCAGGUAGCCUGGUGGUUAGAGUGUGUAGGGGCGGCAGGUAGCCUAGUGGUUAGAGUGGAGGGGUGGCAGGUAGCCUAGUGGUUAGAGUGUAGGGGCGGCAGGUAGCCUAGUGGUUAGAGUGGAGGGGUGGCAGGUAGCCUGGUGGUUAGAGUGUAGGGGCGGCAGGUAGCCUAGUGGUUAGAGUGUAGGGGGGCAGGUAACCUAGUGGUUAGAGUGUAGGGGCGGCAGGUAGCCUAGUGGUUAGAGUGUAGGGGCGGCAGGUAGCCUAGUGGUUAGAGUGUAGGGGCGGCAGGUAGCCUAGUGGUUAGAGUGUAGGGGCGGCAGGUAGCCUAGUGGUUAGAGUGUAGGGGCGGCAGGUAGCCUAGUGGUUAGAGUGUAGAGGCGGCAGGUAGCCUAGUGGUUAGAGUGUAGGGGCGGCAGGUAGCCUAGUGGUUAGAGUGUAGAGGAGACAGGUAGCCUAGUGGUUAGAGUGUAGGGGCGGCAGGUAGCCUAGUGGUUAGAGUUGGGCCAGUAACCGAAAGGUUGCUAGAUUGAAUCCCCCGAGCUGACAAGGUAAAAAAAUUGUCCGUUCUGCCCCUAAACAAGGCAGUUUAACCCACUGUUCCUAGGCCAUCAUUGUAAAUAAGAAUGUGUUCUUAACUGACUUGCCUGGUUAAAUAUAAGGGAUGCCAUUUGGGACAAACUAAGUUGUAUACUGGAGAUGAUGAAUGAGGUUUAACAGUGGUGGAAUGUCCCCUUUAAUUAAACUGGUAGUACUACUUCUGGUGCACUGUGAUUCCCUCUGACGCGUUACCAUGGCGAGGUUUAACAGUGGUGGAAUGUCCCCUUUAAUUAAACUGGUAGUACUACUUCUGGUGCACUGUGAUUCCCUCUGACGCGUUACCAUGGCGAGGUUUAACAGUGGUGGAAUGUCCCCUUUAAUUAAACUGGUAGUACUACUUCUGGUGCACUGUGAUUCCCUCUGACGCGUUACCAUGGCGAGGUUUAACAGUGGUGGAAUGUCCCCUUUAAUUAAACUGGUAGUACUACUUCUGGUGCACUGUGAUUCCCUCUGAUGCGUUACCAUGGUGAGGUUUAACAGUGGUGGAAUGUCCCCUUUAAUUAAACUGGUAGUACUACUUCUGGUGCACUGUGAUUCCCUCUGACGCGUUACCAUGGUGAGGUUUAACAGUGGUGGAAUGUCCCCUUUAAUUAAACUGGUAGUACUACUUCUGGUGCACUGUGAUUCCCUCUGAUGCGUUACCAUGGUGAGGUUUAACAGUGGUGGAAUGUCCCCUUUAAUUAAACUGGUAGUACUACUUCUGGUGCACUGUGAUUCCCUCUGAUGCGUUACCAUGGUGAGGUUUAACAGUGGUGGAAUGUCCCCUUUAAUUAAACUGGUAGUACUACUUCUGGUGCACUGUGAUUCCCUCUGACGCGUUACCAUGGUGAGGUUUAACAGUGGUGGAAUGUCCCCUUUAAUUAAACUGGUAGUACUACUUCUGGUGCACUGUGAUUCCCUCUGACACGUUACCAUGGUGAGGUUUAACAGUGGUGGAAUGUCCCCUUUAAUUAAACUGGUAGUACUACUUCUGGUGCACUGUGAUUCCCUCUGACGCGUUACCAUGGUGAGGUUUAACAGUGGUGGAAUGUCCCCUUUAAUCAAACUGGUAGUACUACUUCUGGUGCACUGUGAUUCCCUCUGACGCGUUACCAUGGUGAGGUUUAACAGUGGUGGAAUGUCCCCUUUAAUUAAACUGGUAGUACUACUUCUGGUGCACUGUGAUUCCCUCUGACGCGUUACCAUGGUGAGGUUUAACAGUGGUGGAAUGUCCCCUUUAAUUAAACUGGUAGUACUACUUCUGGUGCACUGUGAUUCCCUCUGAUGCGUUACCAUGGUGAGGUUUAACAGUGGUGGAAUGUCCCCUUUAAUUAAACUGGUAGUACUACUUCUGGUGCACUGUGAUUCCCUCUGACGCGUUACCAUGGUGAGGGUGCACAACCAUUUUUGCUACACCCGCAAUAACAUCUGCUAAAUAUGUGUAUGUGACAAACCAAAUGUCAUUUGACUGUGAUUCCCUCUGAUGCGUUACCUGGGUUGUUCUGGUUUCUCCCAAAAAAUGAAGACUUAGCAAACAAACAAAUGAAUAAAAUACUUUUUUUUUAAAGAA